AUGUCGGCACCUCCCACUAGCGAUGACGGCGCCGUUGUCACGGCCUCUGCUGGUACUGCUCAGGAUCCCACAGAGUCGUCACCUAAGAAAAAAGGCAGGACGAAUACUCCGUGGACUGCUGAGGAGGAACAGAGAUUGAAAGUGCUGCGCGAUGCUGGCAAAAGCUGGAGCGAGAUCGCCAAGACCUUUCCCGCUCGUACAGAGGGCAGUGUGAAGAAGCACUGGUACAAAGACAUGCACUAUGCAGAAUUUGGCGAGGAUGAGUCAAUAGCUUUACGAGAAGCCAUCAAAGAAUAUGAGGCCAACAAGUGGAAAGUGAUUGGGCAGAAGGUCGGGAAACCAGCAAAGGCAUGCGAACAAUACGCCAAGGAGCACUUUAAGAACCUAUGA